CUUUCUCUUAUUUUCGCAAUGCCCCCGGCUAAGAAGUCUACUGGCAAGAAGGUUGCUCCCGCUCCCUACCCCGUCAAGGGUAAGCAAACUACCAAGGCUCCCGCUAACCCUCUCAUUGAGAAGCGUAGCCGCAACUUUGGUGUCGGUCAAGACAUUCAGCCCAAGCGCGAUCUUUCCCGUUUCGUCAAGUGGCCCGAGUAUGUCCGUCUUCAACGCCAAAAGAAGAUCUUGAACCAGCGCCUCAAGGUUCCUCCUUCCAUCAACCAGUUCACCAAGGUUUUGGACAAGAACACUGCUACCCAGCUCUUCAAGCUUGCUGCCAAGUACAGACCCGAGACCACUGCUGAGAAGAAGGAGCGUCUCCGUGCUGCUGCUGCUGCCAAGGCUGAGGGUAAGAAGGUUGAAACCGAGAAGCCCACUGUCGUCAAGUACGGUUUGAACCACAUCGUUGCUUUGAUCGAGGCCAAGAAGGCUCAACUCGUUGUCAUUGCUGAUGAUGUCGAUCCCAUCGAACUCGUCCUCUACUUGCCCGCUCUCUGCCGCAAGAUGGACAUCCCUUACUGCAUUGUCAAGGGCAAGGCUCGUCUCGGAACUCUCGUCCACAAGAAGACCGCCACUGCUUUUGCCUUCACUGAAGUCAAGGAUGCUGACAAGUCUGAGCUCUCUGCUGUUGUCUCUGCCAUCAAGUCCAACUACAACGAGAAGUUCGAGGAGCACCGUCGCCAAUGGGGUGGUGGUCUCCGUGGCCCCAAGUCUGAGGCCAUGAUGGGCAAGCGUGCUGCUCUCGCUGCCAAGGAGAUUGCUGCUCGUCAGUAAAAAUCUCGCAAAUUUUUCACACUGCAACCCUCAACCCAACAUUUUGAAAAAAAGUUCCUAAUAAAUGAAUAAAUUGUUCAUUUUUCUGCGGAUACAUAGUUUGGUGCAUGGAGUUA